UAACUUCAUUGCUCAUACUUGUCUUAUUUAAAACUAUUGUUAUUUUCAAAAAUUGUAUGUUAUAUUGUGACAGUUUAAAUUCAAUAUUUUUUUUUUUUUUAACUUAAAUAUGUCAAGUUCUGACGAUGAUUUAGAUGUAUUGCAACUUUCUGCCGAAGCGCAGAGAGCUUUAAAAGAAUUUUAUGAAGAACAAAAUGAAAAAUUAUUGUCACAUUGUGAUGAUAAAAAAGAUGCAACGGAUGUAAAAUUUGAUGAAGAUUGGCAAUUAAGUCAAUUUUGGUAUGAUGAUGAAACAUGUGAGCGAAUUGUUGAAUGUGUUCAUAAAAUGGUUGGAUCAAAUGGUAGUGUAGCAUUGAUAUCAUGCCCAACGUUGUAUAAAACCUUUAAGAAAAAGUCGCCCACAAUGUUAAUUAAACUAUUUGAGUUUGACAGAAGGUUUAGUGCUUAUGGUUCAGAUUAUGUUUUUUAUGAUUACAAUGAACCAAUGAAAUUUGAUGAAGAACUAUUGAACAGUUUUGAUUUAGUUGUUGUUGACCCACCAUUUCUGUCUGAAGAAUGUUUAACAAAAUCACUGCAAACAACAAAAUCUCUUACAAAACAACAUGUUAUAUUGUGUACAGGGGAAAUUAUGGAUGAAUUAGCAACAAAGUUACUAAAUGUCCAUAAGUGUUCAUUUGAACCUAAGCAUAAAAAUAAUCUUGCUAACCAAUUUGCUUGUUUUACAAAUUUCUCAUCUGAACUUGAUUAGUAAGUAGUUACUAGUUUCCUCGACUUCCACUGUAAAAUUAAUGAAUCUGAUAUAUUCAAAUGAUUUUUUAAUAAAAAUUACAGCAAUUAUACACUAAUUUAACUAUA